AUGACUUCCAACACGAAUGAGCACCCCACCAGCGUGCUAUUUGUCUGCCUGGGAAACAUCUGUCGUUCUCCGAUGGCCGAAGGAGUGUUCCGCAACCUGGCCGCUACGCACCCCUCCAUCGGUGAGAUCGACUCCGCUGGCACAGCCGCUUACCACAGCCUCGAACCGCCCGACUCCCGCACCAUGUCCACCCUGCGCCGCCACAAAAUCACUGGCUAUGACCAUGCUGCCCGCAAAGUGACAAGGGAAGACUUCCUCACCUUCGACUACCUUCUCGCUAUGGAUAAAUCCAAUCUCCGCGACCUGGAGGAUGUGCGCGACUCGGUCAUUGCGACGCUGAAGAGGAAGACCGACACCAAGCCAAGCUCGAAGAGUACGCGGUCGCACGUAGAUGCUGCGAUCGGUGCAUACGGGGCUGAUGCGAAGGUGGCCGAAGUGCGCUUGUUUGGCGAUUUCGGUAAGGGUGGAAAACUGCACGAGCGCGUCGGCGGCGGUGAGGUCGUGAAGGAUCCUUACUAUGGCGGUGCCAAUGGUUUCGAAGAGGUCUACCAGCAGGUCACGAGAUUCUCCCAAAACUUCUUGGAAUACUUGGAGCAAAACCGUAUCGACUCUGAGUGA